AGAAUCGGCACCACCGUCUGCUUUAUAAGUCUUCCAUUUCCUCAGAUUUCUUCCCUCUCCUCACUUGGGUGUUCAUUUUCCUCCCGUAAUUGGAAAUACGAUUCCACCAAAAAGAUGAGAUAGUUAUUUCAGAGCCUGUAGAGAUGGUGGUAAUCGAACGCUAAGCUCCCUUCUUCAUCGAUUCUUUGUCUAAGCCGCGACCGUGAUGGAAGGGAAGAAAACGCCGACUGGAGAAGUGGAAGGGAUCCAGUUUCGGUGCCGAAGGUUGAUUCGCUGGACUGCCCCCACGAGCCGUCCUCCUGGUGCAGAGAUCAUGCUUUGUAGCGCUUAAGGGACGGCAGAGGGUGAAGGGCAAGGAAGGGGAAGAAAGAAGGAAGUGGAUGAUGGUCGGGGAGGAGAUGCAGAUGAUGGGUUCUUUUCACGCGGCAGGAGAUGUCGGAAGGAAGCGGUUCUCCGGGGUUUUUGGUGGGUUUGGGCAUGGUGGUGGUCAGUUUAAUGUCGGCGCGCUGAUGUCGUCGUCGUCAUCUUCCUCCCUGGUGCUGGACAGCGAGAAAGGGGAGCUGGUGAAGGCGAGCGACCUGAUGAGGAAGGAGAUGGCGGAGGCGAAGGCCACGAUGGCAUUGAAGAGUCACAGCGAAGCGGAAAGGAGGCGGAGGGAGAGGAUCAACCGUCACCUGACCACGUUGAGGGGACUUGUGCCCUGCACCACCAAGAUGGACAAGGCUUCGCUGCUUGCGGAAGUAAUAACCAAUGUAAAGGAAUUAAAGAGAAAUGCUGAGGUACUCACCAAAGGUUGUGUUGUUCCAACAGAUUAUGAUGAAGUGCAAGUGGAAUAUGAUGCUGACAAAUAUGAUGCUGACAAAGGCACUUCUUAUAUAAGAGCAUCACUAUGUUGUGAUGAUCGGCCAGAGCUUUGGACUGAAUUAAAGCAAAUGCUGCAAAAUCUUCAAUUGAAGACAGUUAGUGCAGAGACUUCUACUUUGGGAGGAAGGGUAAAAAAUGUAUUCAUCUUCACACCAGGAGAACAUGUCGAUGAGGCGAAGCAACGGUCUGCUGCAAGAUCAGUCCAACAAGCCCUGAAGUCUGUUUUGGAAAGAGUUUCUUCUACAGAUUUCUCACCGAGGAGCACAGUUUCGAGCAAAAGGCACAGGAGUUCACCAUUCGAAUCUUCGAGCUCCUCAUCAUAAACCUGUAUACAUUUAUGAAUCUGCUCAAGAAGGGGAAUUACUGGGUCCUUGUUAACUCUCUUUGGAACUGAAACUUCAUAUUCCACACACCUAGAUUGGUGGUUGUCCAUUUAAUGCAAAUCAUGACCGGUUUCUGUUCAGGUUAUGAAGCAUUGAAGAUGUCUCAUGCAUGGAACAAAUCUGGUACUUACCACAGUGGUAUCACAUAAAGUCGGUCGCUAAAGAUCAGAAAGAACUAUUAUGCAUAGUUCUUAUCUGGUUUGUUGUAACUUGUUAUGGUAAUCUCUAUUUGUAUUAACUGUGGUAUCACUUAAAUGGAUGUCUACCAUCUGUAAUGCUGGAGAAACUGUUACUUCUUCUUGAAGAGUAAGCUGGUCUGAAGAAAAUGUUUACUUGCUAA